AUGAAAGAACAUUCUAAGUAUUUCUAGGAAAAAGUAACCCAAAAUCAUAUUUAGCUUCUUGUUAAUAAAGUUGCACAUAAAGAAUUCAAUAUUUCCCCCAAUAAGAACGGUAAAAAUACUCAAUAAGCUAUGUAAAGCAAUCAAAAUAAAAACUAAAAUAGCUAUAAUAAAUUUAAUAACGGGCCUAAAACCGCUAUUGAGAAUAAACCUAAUAUGCAAUAAAAAACAUAGAUAGAUGCAAGUCUAUCUAGCUCGACAAGUUAUUACGAAAAGUUUUCUUAGAAUAAAUAGAGUCCACCUAAGAAAACUGAAAAAGCAAAAGAAAUAAAGCCUCCUGCCUUAAGUCUCUCGAAGCCUAUGUCAGAGUAGCCCAAAAAAACUGUAAAUCCAUUGGAUCAGUUCUCAAGUAAGGUUAUGAUGGAUUAAGUAAAAGAAGAACCUAAGAAGCAAUUACCAUGGGAAAAGAAUAAUAAUAAAAUAGCAACUAGCACAACAAAAUCAAUUGAUCAACCUCAGGCAAGACCUACAACAAUUAACUAAAAUUCCUCAUUGGCUUCAUAACCUUUAGCUCCGUUAGGGAAAUAGAAUCUUACUUCUCUCACUAACUUGCCUCCUCCAACUAUAUAAAAACCCAAAACAUUUUAAGCUUCAGCUUGGGAUGAUGAUGGAGGUUGGGGAAACGACGAUGAUGAUUGGAAUUUCGAAGAUAUUGAAAAGCCUAAAAAUAAUAAAGGUGCAAAAAGCAAUAAGUUAAAUUCAGAUAGUGAUGAUGGAAUUGAUUAUAACACACUUAAUCUUAAUAAACUUUCAGACUAUGAAAUUUAAAAGCACAAGAAAAAAAUGGAUAAAAAAUAUGAGUAAAACUUUGUAAAACCAACUGACCCAACAUUUGUCUACGAUAAGAGGAAAGAUUUCAAGCCUCCUGCAAGCGGUGAUGACUCUUGGGAUGAAGAGGAUUUUUGA